AUGCCGGACCGUUAUAAAGAUAAGCCGUUAAGCAAUGAGGUCAUCUCUUACAACUUCCCUUUCAUAAGUCGAAGCGAUUGGUAUGCCAGGGAGCCCAAACAGACAACGCCACUCAACACACCAGUCCCAUAUGUGGUAAUUCAUCACACAUACAUCCCAGCAGCCUGCUUCAACAAGGAGGAGUGCGCGGCAGCGAUGCGACAAAUGCAACAAAUGCACAUUGACGGUAAUGGAUGGUGGGAUAUUGGAUAUCAUUUCUGUGUAGGUAGUGAUGGCGCAGCGUACGAAGGCCGCGGUUGGGAAACUUUAGGGGCGCAAGCGCUGCAUUUCAACAGUGUCAGUAUUGGGAUCUGUCUUAUUGGAGACUGGAGAUUUGAAGUUCCUCCAGCACAACAACUGAAAACAGCUAAGGAUUUAAUAGCAGCUGGUGUACAACAAGGCUACAUACAACCCGAAUACAAACUGGUUGGUCAUCGCCAAGUUAGAGCCACUGAGUGCCCUGGUACGUCUCUGUUUGAAGAGAUCCAGUCGUGGGGUCAUUACUCGCCUUUCCCAAGAUCACAUAAAGAUCUUCUAAAUGUUACAGAGUUACCUGAAUCUGUGAAGAAAGUUAUAAGUAUUUGA